AACGAAAGGGAAGAGAAUGCAGAGGACUCGGAUGGCUACGUCUGAGCUGUAACUUUCGAUAGUUUUUCCCCGUACACUGAAAGACGCUUUAGAAACUGACGUGAUGAUCAACAUCGAUGUCUACUCUGACCUGUCCUGUCCGUGGUGCUAUGUUGGAAAGGCACGUCUUGACAAAGCCAUUCAGAAGUUCACAGAUGCCAGCAUCACUGUCAAUUGGCAUCCAUACAUCAUUGACAAAAAUACCGCUCCACUGGGUGAAGAUUAUAUGGCAUACAACACAAGGAGGUGGGGAGGUGAUGGCUGGACAAGAUCACUAAGACAGGCAGGACAACAAGAUGGAUUGGAAUUCAAGAACUGGAAGACAUGGCCUAACUCUUUACAUGGCCACCGACUCAUUCAUCUAGCUGGGAUUCAGAAAGGCCCUGAAGGACAAGCAAAAGCUAAGGACCUUUUGUUUCAUAUGAUUUAUGAAGAUGGCAAAAAUGUCAGUGAUGUAGACACUUUAAUUGAAGCUGCGAAGGAACUGGGCUUGGAAGGUGGCAAGAAUUAUCUCAAGUCAUCUCAUGAUGUGGAUUUGGUUUUAUCUGAAGAUUCUCGUGCAAAAUCUCACAUGAAGAUAUCUGGUGUGCCAUAUUUUGUUAUAUCUAGUGACGAUAAACAAAAGAAGGCUGUGUCUUUGUCAGGUGCUCAGGGCACAGAACGGUUUUUAGCAGCAUUUAGUCAUGUUGUUCAGUAGUCCUUGUAGAGCUAGUAUUAUUAGGGGUGUCACACAACACUUGUCCCCAUGCAAAGUUGUGUGUGACAUUAUUGUUAUUGAGUGUUUUAUUGUAAUUAUUUCUCUCAAGUGGCUUCCAGAAAAGAAAUGUUCAACUUAGAUGUUUUAUUGAAUAGAUGUUGUAACAUCCACAAGUCUGAGUGUUUGCAAGGAAAUACAAAUUCUGCAAAGUAAAUGUAUGAUUGUUUUCUUUCAA